GGGCCCGCCCAGGUGCGCCCGGGGGUUGGGCCAGAGUCCGGAAGGUGCGCCGCGCCUCCCCGAACCUGUCCCCUAGGCCUCCCCCCUCGUGAAAGUGAAAGUGUCGGACCCGCGGAGGUCAAGGAUAGGGGGGCGGGGCCAGCGCGGAGCUGGGAGCGGGAGCCGGGCACUCGAGGGGCCAUGGAUGGGCUCGGCCGCCGCCUUCGAGCCAGCCUGAGACUGAAGCGCGGCCAUGGGGGACCGCCCCAGGACAAUUCGGGGGAAGCUUUAAAGGAACCAGAAAGCGCCCAGGAGCACUCUUUGCCCAACUUUGCUGGGGCGCAGCACUUCUUUGAAUACCUUCUUGUGGUUUCUCUCAAAAAGAAGCGUUCAGAGGAUGAUUACGAGCCUAUAAUCACCUACCAAUUUCCCAAGCGGGAGAACCUGCUUCGGGGUCAGCAGGAGGAGGAGGAGCGGCUGCUCAAAGCUAUCCCCUUGUUCUGCUUCCCAGAUGGGAAUGAGUGGGCAUCACUCACCGAGUAUCCCAGGGAGACCUUCUCGUUCGUUCUGACCAAUGUGGAUGGGAGCAGAAAGAUUGGAUACUGCAGGCGCCUCUUGGUCUGUGCGGCUCAGAACUGCCCCUUCCUUUCUGCAGUGUGCUCACCUCCACGGCUGGGCUUGCUCAAGCCUGAGCUGCAAAAGUCAGGCUUAUUAGCAGCACUGGUUGUAGAAAAAGCACAGCCCAGGAGCUGCUGCCAUGCCAGUGCUCCCUCUGCAGUCCCACAAGCACGAAGACCUGAUGCCCCUUCUCCCCCUGCUGGUCAGGCUCUGCCUACCGGCCCUGGCCCUCGCCUUCCCAAAGUGUACUGCAUCAUCAGCUGCAUCGGCUGCUUCGGCUUGUUCUCCAAGAUCCUGGAUGAAGUGGAGAAGAGACAUCAGAUCUCCAUGGCUGUCAUCUACCCAUUCAUGCAGGGCCUCCGAGAGGCAGCCUUCCCUGCUCCUGGGAAGACUGUCACUCUCAAGAGCUUCAUCCCCGACUCAGGCACUGAGUUCAUUUCACUGACACGGCCCCUGGACUCCCACCUAGAACAUGUGGAUUUUAGUUCUCUAUUGCACUGUCUCAGUUUUGAACAGAUACUUCAGAUCUUUGCCUCUGCCGUGCUGGAGAGAAAAAUCAUCUUCCUGGCGGAAGGUCUCAGCACCCUGUCUCAGUGCAUCCAUGCUGCUGCCGCACUGCUCUACCCCUUCAGCUGGGCGCACACCUACAUCCCUGUUGUCCCUGAGAGCCUUCUGGCCACCGUCUGCUGCCCCACCCCAUUCAUGGUUGGAGUACAAAUGCGCUUCCAGCAGGAGGUCAUGGACAGCCCUAUGGAAGAGGUCCUGCUGGUCAAUCUUUGUGAAGGAGCCUUCUUAAUGUCGGUUGGUGAUGAAAAAGACAUCCUGCCACCGAAGCUUCAGGAUGACAUCUUAGACUCUCUUGGUCAGGGGAUCAAUGAGUUAAAGACUGCAGAACAAAUCAACGAGCAUGUUUCAGGCCCUUUCGUGCAGUUCUUUGUCAAGACUGUGGGCCAUUAUGCUUCCUAUAUCAAGCGGGAGGCAAAUGGGCAAGGCCACUUCCAAGAAAGAUCCUUCUGUAAGGCUCUGACCUCCAAGACCAACCGCCGAUUUGUAAAGAAGUUUGUGAAGACACAGCUCUUCUCACUUUUCAUCCAGGAAGCCGAGAAGAGCAAGAAUCCUCCUGCAGGCUAUUUCCAGCAGAAAAUACUUGAAUAUGAGGAACAGAAGAAACAGAAGAAACCAAGGGAAAAACCUGUGAAAUAAGAGCUGUGGUGAAUAAGAAUGACUAGAGCUACACACCAUUUAUGGACUUCAGCCCCUGCCAGUGUGGCAGGAUCAGCAAAGCUGUCAGCCCCCAAAAUCCAUAACCUCACUCUGAGUUUUGGUAUCCAGGUAUUGCUUCAAACUGGUGUCUGAGAUUUGGAUCCCUGGUAUUGAUUUCUCAGGACUUUGGAGGGCUCUGACACCAUGCUCACAGAACUGGGCUCAGAGCUGCAUUUUUUGCAGAGGUGACACAGGUAGGAAACAGUAGUACAUGUGUUGUAGACACUUGGUUAGAAGCUGCUGCAACUGCCCUCUCCCAUCAUUACAACAUCUUCAACAGAGAACACACUUUGUGGUCCAAAGGCUCAGCCUCUCUACAUGAAGUCUGUGGACAUGUAAGGACGAGAGUAAAGAGGAAAAUCUUAUUUUUA